GUUCAUACGCAUUACCAUUCAUGACCUGAGAGUCUGUGUCUCCCCUCACAGUUUGCCUGGUACCUUGCCUUUGACUGCCCCCCAUGUGGAGAAAGCUCUUCCUUCCCCUCUCAGCUCUGGGACUCAGGUGCCACCUUUUAUGAGUGAUGUGGACAAACUGGAGUGUGUGCCAGAGAGGAGGACCAGCAUGAUUAAUCAAAAGAAGGAACGUAAAGUUGACCUCGUGUUCACCACAGAGCUCUACAACCCGGAGGAAGGUAACAAACGUCUGGGGAAAUGUUCUGCUCGAGUGUUUUUCAGGAAUGAGAAACCCAGACCGGCUGUUAAUGUGACUUGUGCUCAACUCAUUGAGAAGAAGAAAAGACACGAAGAGGAUUACCAGCUCUACAAGCGCAUGAAGCAACUUCAAAACCCCGUGGAUGUAGUCAGCAUACCUGAUAAUCACGGACAUAUUGAUCCUUCUCUGAAACCCAUCUGGGAUUUAGCCUUUCUGGGCAGCUCUUACGUGAUGUGGGAAAAGACAACGCAGUUUUUACACUACUACAUGGCACAGCUCAGCAGGGUGAAGCAGUGGAAAACAAAUGAUGAUGCAAUUGAUUUUGGUUAUACUGUUCUACUUCAUGAAUUCUCAACACAGGAAAUCAUUCCCUGUCAUAUUCACUUGGUCUGGUACCCUGGCAAACCACUGAAAGUGAAGUACCACUGUCAAGAGGUACAGACACCAGAAGAAGCCUCUGGAACAGAAGAGGGAUCAGCUGUGGCACCAACAGAGCUUAGUAAUUUCUGAAAAGCAAAAAAGAUCGUCUGCUUACACCAAAUGACUAUACUAAAUAGCCAAAAUCAUUACUCUAGUAAAAUAGCCAAGGUAUACGGCAUUCUGGUAAUUUAGGGAGGCCUGGGAUUACAAGUAAAUACUCAAAAGAUGUUGGGGUUUCUGUUUUUUGAUUGGUUUGGUUUACUUUUAACUCUGGGAGCAUGUACACACUGAACUCUGCUCAGUGCUAAACAGUCUCCCUGCAGGUUCCUCAGGGUUUCAACCCUAAAUUGCAAAACCUAGUUCAUUACUGUGUGCUGCAGCUGGACCAAUAAGUAUUUAAAAAAAACACAGCAAAAUAGACUUGAUGGUCACAUCUGUAAAUCUGCAUUUCUCAAUAUUUUGAAUAUACUGUAGCCAACUAUUUUAUGAUGCUUUUACCUAACAUGUAAAAAAGAUAAUAUAUUACAGUGAAAGCAAAUUAUAAGGAAAAUAUUACCUGUUUAAAAGGAAUUUUAUUUUUUGAUUUCAAGCAAGUAUUCCUUUUUAACUGAUACCUACUUUCAAAUAAAUGUUUCUAAAUAAAA